CUGCUGCAUCUUCUUUCAUCUGCCUUCGGUACAACCCUGUGCAGCCAUGAUCAUCUCAGAGAAGAACCGGAGAGAGAUCUCGAAAUAUCUGUUUCAAGCAAGGUAUAAAUCGUUGGGGAAGAAAUCGGUAAAGCGCCGUCCAGCAAUUCCCAAUCCGACUAGUCUCCACAGGCACAGGGCCAAUUACAAGAUGGCCGCUUUACUUAUUUCAGCUGCUGCUUUUGCCUAUGCUCUGAUUUUUCUCUCCAUUUCAUCCAACUCGCUCGGUUUGGAGCCCAGUAUUGAUCUGAUUUACGACGUUCAAGUUGUGAAUGAGUUUCCUCACGAUCCCGAUGCCUUCACUCAGGGGCUUUUGUAUGCAGGAAAUGAUGCCCUUUUUGAAUCUACGGGACUCUAUGGACAUUCGUCGGUUCGGAAAGUUGCUAUUCGGACAGGGAAGUUGUUAGAAAUCACACUCAAGUAUAAAGGAGAUGAAGUACAUAACGUGGAUGAAUUAGAGUACGUGGCUGGUGAAGUAUGGGCCAAUGUUUGGCAGACUGACUGCAUUGCAAGAAUCUCGGGCAAAGAUGGUCUUGUCUUGGGAUGGAUAUACCUUCCGAAAUUGAGCGGAUUGAUGUAUUGAAUGGCAUCGCCUGGGAUUUUCAUAACUGGGAAAUUAUGAGAUAAAGCUGCAGCGGUUGAAGAAGCCAUUCAAAGGCGACAUCAAGAAGCUCUGCAUGCCGCCUGCUGUCCAUUUUGGAUGUACACCCUAGGGUAUUCCAACACAAUUAAAUUAUCUUCACACAGCUCUGUAUAAAUUCAUCUUACCAAAGUUUUGACAAAUUGGCUGUUGAUUCACUGUAGAUUAUUUUAACUUUCGGUCUAUACUACUUAUCUUGCACAGAA